AGUGCAGAAACUCUUAUGUGGAUAAAAUAACGUAGAAGAAGAAACAGCAGUUGGGUUUUAUAGCGGCAAUGAAAGGACGUGUUUCUUCAAAUAUAAGCACAUUAUAAGUCUGUUUUGCGGUACGGAAAAUCUGGUGCCAAGCAACAUUAAUUUAUACUGAGGAGGGCAUUUUUUGGACUGCAUUCGGAAGAUGUCUUUGGUUUGUGCGAUCUGCAACGAGGUACCGGAGCACCCGUGCAUCUCUCCGGUAUCCAACCAUGUGUUCGAGCGCAGAUUGAUCGAGAAGUACAUCGCGGAGAAUGGGACGGACCCGAUGAAUGGACAGCCUCUCUCCGAGGAGCAGCUCCUGGAUAUCAAAGUGACUCACCCCAUUAGACCAAAAGCCCCUUCAGCAACAAGCAUUCCUGCCAUCCUCAAGUCCCUCCAGGAUGAGUGGGAUGCCGUCAUGCUCCAUAGCUUCACCUUGCGACAGCAGCUGCAGACCACUCGCCAGGAACUUUCGCAUGCCCUUUAUCAGCAUGAUGCUGCCUGCAGAGUCAUUGCUCGACUCAACAAAGAGGUCACAGCUGCCAGAGAAGCUCUUGCCACUCUUAAACCCCAGGCUGGGCUGGUUGCCCCUCAGGCAGUUCCCACCUCUCAGCCUGCUGUUGCAGGUGCUGGCGGAGAGCCUAUGGAGAUCAGUGAACAGUUGGGAAUGACCCCAGAGAUCAUCCAGAAGCUCCAAGACAAGGCUACUAUCCUCACCACGGAGAGAAAGAAGAGAGGAAAAACUGUACCAGAAGAGCUGGUCAGAGCUGAGGAUCUCAGCAAAUAUCGUCAAGUGGCCUCUCAUGCUGGUCUUCAUAGUGCCAGUGUACCUGGUAUUCUGGCUCUGGAUGUGUGUCCAUCAGACACCAACAAAGUGCUCACCGGUGGAGCUGAUAAGAACGUUGUGGUGUUUGACAAGAGCGAGGAGCAGAUUGUUGCCACUCUUAAGGGCCACACCAAGAAGGUCACCUCUGUCAUCUACCAUCCAUCCCAGUCGGUGGUGUUCUCUGCCUCUCCUGACAACACCAUCCGUGUGUGGUCCGUCACUGGAGGCAACUGUGUGCAGGUGGUGCGUGCCCACGAGGCGGGGGUCACCGGCCUCUCCCUGCAUGCUACUGGGGACUACCUGCUCAGCUCUUCUGAGGAUCAGUAUUGGGCCUUUUCUGACAUCCAGACCGGCCGAGUCCUCACCAAAGUUACUGAUGAGAGUGCCGGCUGUGCUCUCACUUGUGCUCAGUUCCACCCUGAUGGUCUCAUCUUUGGCACUGGUACCGCCGAUUCUCAAAUCAAGAUUUGGGAUCUGAAGGAGCGCACCAACGUGGCCAACUUCCCCGGCCACUCUGGACCCGUCACCUCCAUUGCUUUCUCUGAGAAUGGAUACUAUCUGGCCACAGGGGCACAGGAUAGCUCUCUGAAACUGUGGGAUCUUAGGAAACUGAAGAACUUCAAGACUAUCACUUUGGACAACAACUAUGAGGUGAAGUCCCUGGUGUUCGAUCAGAGUGGUACCUACCUGGCUGUGGGAGGGUCUGACAUCCGUGUCUACAUCUGCAAGCAGUGGUCCGAGGUGCUCAACUUCACAGAUCAUACAGGAUUGGUGACUGGGGUGGCCUUUGGAGAAAAUGCUAAGUUCCUGACGUCCGCAGGAAUGGACAGAAGUCUGAAAUUUUACAGUUUGUAGAAGAGAAGAGAUUCAGGAGAAGCAGAGGAGACCAGUUGAGCCCAGGAUGGCAUGAUCAGAGCAGCAGCUGUCCUGGACGUCAUCAUUUUUAGAAAAGAAAGUAAAAAAAUAAAUCACUUAUAACGUUGCUUCUGUUAGUGUGUUAGUCCUCAUGUUCAGGAAACAUAGGCCUGAACUGCUCUUUGAAAUCCCAGCAGCAUGUGAGUUUGACAUGCUCGUUGGCGUUUUGCGUUCAACAUUGAAAUAAUGGAAAAUGAGUGAAGCCGCCUCCGUGAAAGUCCCGUUCACCCGCAGUUAUAAUUUGAUUGUAGUUUUUUAACCUUUUUUUUGUGGGUAUUUUGGUGGUGGGGUGGGGAGGGGGGGAUUCUUCAGUCGCUUGUGAUGCAACUCUGCAGUGUACUCGGUCAAAAACUAUUAAUUGAUGGUGAUCUAUUGAUCUAUUAAUCACUUGGCUCCUUAAUGUAGAACAGCUUCAUUACAGUUUAGGAUGAAACAGAAACAUCUGUACUUAUCUACAGUACAGUGGAAAAUGAACAGUUGUAGGACAUUUUUUUCACCUGUUUAAAAUGUAGUCUUGGUUAUCCUUCCAUAAGUUUAAUUUCUUUUUUUGUUCCACUGAAACAUGUCUUCUUAUUUCCCCAAUUGUAUAUUCUUCAUUACCUGUUGCACCUCUGCCUUUUGAAGA